AUGAUUUCCAACACCCAGGCGUUCGCCAAUGCGGCCUCUGCUGCCGAUAAGAUCAAAAACGUCCAUUUAAAGGAGCUCUUGAAUGACGAAGAGCGCAACAAGUCUAUGUUGGUGACCCCACUUGAUUUGAAAGGAGUGACUUUGGAUUAUUCCAGAGAACGCCUUAAUGAGGCCUCAGUCAAGGCUCUAUUUGACUUGGCCAAGGAGGCCCAUCUCGAUGAGAAAAUCGAAGAUAUGUUCAACGGUAAGGCAAUUAACACUACUGAGAAGAGAGCGGUCCUUCAUACUGCCUUGAGAGCUCCUCGUGGUGGUAAAGUCGUCGUCGAUGGCAAUAAUGUCAUCGAGGAUGUUUGGAGAGUUUUGGACCAGAUCAAAAGCUACUCCGAUAAGAUCCGUUCCGGCGCUUAUCGCGGGGUGACCGGCAAGGCUCUCAAGAACGUCGUUUGCGUCGGCAUUGGCGGGUCCUAUCUCGGUCGCUACUCUGUCAGCUCUGCUGUUGGCUGUCUUCCACUCGCCCUCCAGUACGGCUUUGACCAAGUGAACCAAUUCCUCGAGGGUGCCCAUCUGAUGGAUGAGCAUUUCCGCCAUACUAAGGACCUCACUCAGAACAUCCCGGUCCUUAUGGGCCUCAUCGCUGUCUGGAACAGCACUUUCCUCGGCGCGACCUCAACUGCCAUUCUUCCCUACUGCCAGGCUUUGGUGAGGUUCGUCGCUCAUAUUCAGCAACUUGAUAUGGAAAGUAACGGCAAGAGAGUUACUCUCACUGGCCACACUGUAGACUACAACACUGGCAUGGUUCACUUUGGUGAGCCCGGCACUAACGGUCAACACUCCUUCUACCAGGAGCUUCAUCAGGGCACUACUAUUGUGCCCAGUGAGUUCAUCGCAUUCGCUAAGUCGCAGAAUCCGAUUAAACUUGCCGGGGAGCCCGUCAGCAACCAUGAUGAACUCAUGUCAAACUUCUUCGCUCAGCCUGAUGCUCUGGCUUUCGGUAAGGGCUUCGAUCAGCUCGAAAAGGAAGGCGUCCCCGCCGAGCUGAUGGACCAUAAGUUCUUCCCGGGAAACAGGCCCUCGUUACAGCUCCUUUUCCCCGGUACCUGCAAUGCUACCUCGGUGGGAGCUCUCCUUGCUGCAUAUGAGCAUCGCACUAUGGUCCAAGCCGCCAUCUGGGGCACUAACUGCUUUGAUCAGUGGGGAGUUGAAUUGGGUAAGGUCUUGGCCAAAUCUGUUAGAGGGCACUUUGCCAACCCUUCUGCUGGGGUUUCCGAGUUCUGCGGCUCGACCCAGAGGCUUCUCAAACAGUAUCAUCAGAUGAAGUAAGGGAGAAGAUCAGAAUUGCCUUGCUUGUUCUGUACGUUAUCAUCAAUCUAGAUCGCCGUGUAUCACGCGAUUGUUUCACCGUCCUCCCGAAGCUCUCUCCUUACCAAUAGGUGCCCCCAGCAUUACGAUAACUAUUGAACAGAGGUCUGCUUAGGUCGUCUUGUGUUAUGGUGAAUUUUAAGACAUGAAGUUGAGGGUAGACUGUGGCUACAGAAUUUCCAGCUCGGGAGCGUAUGGUCAUCUGCCGUCAACAAUAUAUUAUGGUGGUUGCCGUCUUCGUUGAAUUGAAGAUGUUAUUCAAUUGAUAAUAACUCGGAUACAGGAUUUCUCUGCAGUGCCCCGGUAUGUUUGUUGUUGGGCUUGCUCAGUAUGACUUGAAGAGGCGUUU